UUCCCUGCCACGAAAUCUUGCAAAAAACAUUGAACGUAUACAGAAGCGAGCAAUGAAAAUAAUAUUCUAUGAAUUGUCUUACGACGAGGCUCUUAACAUCGCUGGUAUUUCCACUCUUGAAAACAGACGGGAGUAUCUAUCCAAUAAUCUCUUCAACGACAUUGUUUUAAAUGAUGAUCAUAAACUUGCCAAACUUUUACCAUCCAAAGCAGGCAAUAGAGAAUUACGAAAAGAAAGAUCUUUUGAAGUUUUACCAGCAAAUACAAAUCGUUUCGGAAACUCUUUUAUCAACUUUUAUGCUAAGAAACAUUACAAAUUAGAUGUUCCUUGA